AUGGCAAACACACCGCCUAUGGCAAGCUCCACGCCAAUACUGCUUUCGCGCCCUGCGCCUCCAGGCUACACUUCUAUUCCAGAGGGAAUAGAUGCGACACCGUGUAGUCCUGAACAGUACGCCCAGUCACAGGACCCUACGGUUUCCAGCAUUGUAGAUGUACCACCGAUGGACUUCUUGUCCAUGAGACCUACCUCAAGUGUGUUGAGCGACUUCGCCUACGACGGGCCAUAUCCUCAUGAACGGACGAGUACCAGGCGAUCUGCAUAUUACCGAGGCGAAUCGCAGUUGUCACCGCCGAGAACCGAGCGUCGACCAUCUGCGCCGUCUGAACCGUUCCUACUUUCGCCUCUGCUGAACACUGCUACACCGUCCCCCUCUCCACAUGCAGCACUACAACGCCCUCCACCGCACCAUCGUCGGGAAUCAACCUCUGGAUCGUCCUUCACUAUCACAUCAGGUUCCACCAAGAUUAAUCCCACAAACUACUCGGAGCAGCACAUGCAAGAGAAAUCUAGUCUCACUACUCAGAAACAGCUCCCAAUCAAAGGCCAUUUCGCUAUAAAUCCGUUUAUGCACGUACCGGGGAAUUUGCUAGCAAGUCUUCCGGAAUCAGAGAACUCGUCGAAUCAGUUUAGUAGGAAGCUGAACUUGCGGCUGGACGUGCAGAAUGGGGGGAUCGACGUCGAUAUCCACCUCCUCGGCGAUGCCGCGAGGGCUGGGGAAGGCGGAAGGAAGGAACGUGCAUUUCUGCACCUCGAGGUAAAGGAUGGGUAUGAGCAAGGCCUGGACAAAUUCCCCCUCGUCACAAGAAUACACACGCCCGAUCUAGCUCGGCCACCAUUCCACUUAGUCGCCAACGCCGUCAACGGCUACGUAUCUCUCCACCUUCCGAACUCGUUCCAUGGCCUCCUUACCGUCCACGUUUCGGCCGGAGACCUCGAGAAACACAUCGAAAUCGCAUCGGGGCUAAUGGCGCACGCCGUCCUGCUCCGCGAGACCACUGAUUCUCGAAGUUAUUUCAUCGGGGAGAUGGGCGGUUGGGUCAAGAACGAGGAUAAUUGGGAAGGAGACGAAAUCGUUGCGUCGGUGGAGCAUGGACUGGUGAGGGCCCAAUUCGAGGACGAGAAGGGGCAGGAUCUGUUUCGUAACCUCCUUUGGAAGUAUGCUGGUCUGUGA